GUGUAUGCCAGACGCCAGUACCUAUGCGGUGUUUUUCUUCCUUGGCGCUUCGGAGCCCCUGCUCCAAAAAAGAAAAAAGGUGCAGCAGUAUAGUCUGUGCUGUGGAAGGAUAGAACGAAGCACGAAAAUUCGACGUUUUCUUCGUACUCGUGUCACUCCUCGCGUGGCAUGCGACUGACCGAGCUUCGUGGACGCAAUGUCCCAUUGUUAUGCUGAAGAAACUAAAAUAUCUCGCCAAUACUAACGAAGCUUUGUCAUGUGGAAGUGUCAUAAAUGCGGAAAGCCCGUUUAUUUUGCGGAGCGGAAACAAUCAUUGGGAUAUGAUUGGCAUCCUGAGUGUUUACGAUGUGAAGAAUGUGGCAAACGCUUAAACCCUGGCCAGCAUGCUGAGCAUAAAGGUGUUCCCUAUUGCCACGUGCCAUGCUACGGAGCACUUUUUGGUCCUCAAUUGUUUGGCCAUGGAACAAGAGUCGAAUCUCAUACAAGUUUUGGUAAAAAGGAGUCUCGAUCUUCUUUACCAAGAUCGCAUUUAGAAACAAAACUCAAGCUUUUUAACCAGUAUUAUGAGGGUAAAAGUGGUGGCAUUCGAAGUCGAGAGGUAAAUGGUCGACUGAUCUUAGAAGGUGCUUUAAGAAUUUACUGGGGUGUUCGUGGUGUUAUACACUUAAAAGAAGAUGAUGACCAGCGAACAGUAGUUACAGCUAGACAUAGAAAUUCUUGCAGAAGAAGCUACGUAGAAAAAGUUGAUAAUGAAGAAAUAAAAAAUGAAGAAUCAAAGGAUUCAUCGCCAUCUAAUAGUCAAUUAGAAAUUGAAUCAAACUCUGUACCAGCCUCACCCGACCACAUAAAAAGUCUUACACUGCCCAUGAAACUUGAUGUUAAAAAGGUUGAAUGGGAUGAGUUGGAUGAUUUGUUGCAGGUCGAACGCAAAGUUGAAGAUGGAGAUAAGCUUUAUCAAACCAUGCCGAAAAGUCUUCCAUCAAAUAGUUCACAUUCCAAUGCUGCCAAUCCAUCAACGACAGCUACACAAUCUAGUGCAGAUAUUUCAGAAACAAAUAGUCCUAGUACUGAUACCAGUAAUAGUAAAGUCAAAGACAAUAGUGUCAAUAGUACGCCUACUCAUAGUAUAAGCAGCUCAUCUAACACAGAUACCCCGAAUUAUCAGGGAACUCCAAACAAAAAUGGUGCUUUACGUAGAGUUGAAUAUUUCGAUAGUUUAGACAAAAAUGCUGCUAGUACUCAAUCGAUAAGUGAUGAAGAUAGUUGGAUAGAAAAAGGUUUGAAUCGUUCAAUGUCAGGUCCUGAUUGCUUACAAAGGCACCGAACUGACAGUGAUACAGAUUCCGUGAGUUCCUUGCAUUUUCGGGAUGAUGACAAUAUGACUAUGUCCACGGACAGUGGUUUAGAGUUGGAUGGUGUUGUUUUGCGCCGAAAACAAGGCUCUACAGCAAUCAGACGACGACCUGGAGCAAGACGUCAAUCACGUAAUCGUCUCAGAAGACGUUGCUCCAUUAAUGGGCAUUUCUACAAUCGAGAGACCAGCUUUUUCACCCCGCCACAUGGCUCACAGAUGUCUGUCUGGGUGACGAGUCUCGUCAGUACUCAAGAAGUGAUCAAUCUUAUGCUCGACAAGUACAAAGUCGACGCUAAGCCAGACAAUUUUGCACUCUUCGUUGUUCGCGAUAAUGGGGAGCAACGCAGAUUAAGAGAAGAUGAGUAUCCCUUGGAAGUUCGAGUAGUUUUGGGACCUCACGAAAAUAUUGCACGGCUGUUUCUAGUUGACAAACUUUCAACUCCAGAAAUCAGCUCUGAUGUUGCUCAGUUUCUAAAUUUGUCUUUGGCUGAGUGCCAAAAUAUAUUACAACGUUAUCAUUAUGAAGAGGAACGUCAGAUACUUAUGUUGAAAGAAAAGUAUAAAGAAAUGCGUCGUAGAAUAAAGCAGCGAAUGGAAGAUCUUAAAGUUCGUUUAUGAAACAUAUGGGGUAGCUAACUUUUUCAGUGAAUAUUCGUUUCUAUUCUCUCUUCUAUAUGAGACGUUCAAUCUGCGUAAUUAUUAACAUUAAUUUUUUGAUUAGUUUUUUGAUGAAUUCACUGUAUUGAAUCAUAUCCUUAGCAAAUAUGUAACUGACUCCGCUGUGCUUGAUUAUUGUUCAAGCACUCAAGGAGCUCAUAUCACUUUUUUAUUUAGGAAGUUUUUAACAUUAAUGUAUAUCUCAUAAUACAUUGCAGCAUUUUCAUGCUUUUAGUGGUAGCGGGCUACUGCCACGUUUUGCCUCAAAGACUUGAUUUCUUAAGCAAAGACUGACGUCAAGACAAUAGACGUUCAUAUCUGAUCUGUUUAUGGUUUGACAAAAAAUAAUCUUUCUUUAAAACAUGACUGAGUUCAAAAAUUACCGCAUAACAAUAUAAUUAAGCUGGGACCUUAUACAGAUGAUAUUAAUUUUUAAUUCAAAAUAUAAUAUUUACUAAUUAAACAUUGAUUCCAUUGGUGCUAACAUAAAUCAUUCAAAAUUAGAUGUAAAAUUUCUAGACGAUUUAAAUAAUUUUUAAUCCGAAGAUUAUUCAAUUAUGAGUAAACAUUGACGUUCUAAUAUUGUAUGUUUAUUAUAUUAGUAAAAUGUUUCAAUGUUAAAAUAAUUAUAUCGUAAAGUAUAAGUCGAAAUCAUCUUGAAAAGUACGUUCUUAUGUUCAAAUAACGUAAACGAUAUCAAAAUGACAAUUUUGCCAAGCAAUAAAACGCAAAACAAAGUAAUUUCAAUCAUUUUGCGGUAGCUCAAGAUAUUCGUGUGUGGAUUUCGGCUUUCGAUCCCAAACUUUUGAAAUGCAAAUAAUUGUCAGUCUAACCAGUGUGAAAAAAUUUAAGUUACGAAUACUCCGUACCAUGACGAAGCCAUUUAUAUUAACUUUGAAUACUACAAAUUCUAAUUGUGGUAAACGAAGUGAUUUUUCAAAAAAAUAUAAAAAAUUUUAAAGCCGAAUUGUGCAACCUAGAGAUAUAUGGAGAUCAAUUUAUAUUCGAGAAGAUAAUAAAGGUAACGUCGUUGCUUAAGUUUUUGUACUUUAUUCCAUAUUUCGUUCCUUUUUCAUGUUGGACCGCACUAAUUCUAUAUCUGUAAAUAAAUUAGAGAAAAGGAAUAUUCUUUGUGAUAGGUAAAGAAAAACAAAUGCACAUUAUACAGAUUGGACAGAAUGCAUUUAUUUAUUUAUUUUUGUAAGGACUAAGUAGAGUAGGUAAAGUAGAUCAAUGCAAUGUUAUGAGGAGUAUGAGUAAUAAUCUUCAUACGAGUUGCUAGGAACGAGUAUGUAUACUCACAACACCGAGGAGCUCAGCUGCUCUUUUUUUAUUUUAUGUUUUUUUUUGUUGCUUUACCUUAAUUUUUUUAUCCACGACACUGAUAUACGUUAAACGGUACAAGACAAGUAACAACGACGGCCACUGAGGCGUCGUCAUUAACUGCAAUCUCUUUUAUUUAUUCUUUUUUUUAUUUAUUAUUUAGGCAUUGGUUUCGCUGCGCAAUUGGAGGGCGUCGACGAAAGCUGAACUGUCAAAGUCGGAGAUACGACAAUUUCAUUUUUGGACUUUAUCGAGAGAGAAAGAUUAGUUACACACACCGUGAGAGGAAAUCGAAAUUUUGUUAGAGAGUGAGAGGAACCAACUACAGGAAUAUAGAUAUCAUAAGAAUGGAAGAAUAGCCUUGAAAUUUUUCAUUUAGCUAUACAAGUAUACAGUAGAAAGUCAAGAACACUUAUUAGUUUCAUCGCAGUUUCAGCCGACUUUUGCAUUCAGAUUCAGUCGACAAAGAGAACAAGAACAUCUAUAUCUUGGCGCUUCCGAUGGCUUCAUCCUCAAGAUUGAACCUCGUAGUGUUCGAAAUUUUGUCUUAUGCGACACAGCACAGGGAAACAUAAAUUUUGAAAACCAUCAAAGGCGCCGUACAACUCAAGAGAAAAAUGUGGCAACGAAAUACUGCGUUAUUUGUUUCCUCAACUUGUCGCGCAGGAUUAUACAUGGACAAUUAGCUCUUUUACGCUUAACUGGCUCGGCUGGCGAUUUGACGAAUUAAUCCCAUAACUUAACGCAAACUGAAUAUAGAAAGAGAUUAAUCGCACGAUGAGACUUCUCCCUUUAGGUAUAUUCACUCGCAUCAAGAUCACACUUCGUCCGAGUUCAGGAUGCUACAAUUUUAGCUCGGACGCACUUGUUAUUGCUCUUAUUUACGUCUACACGUUAUAAUAUAAUAUCGUUCAGCGGGAUAACUCAAAAGAUCACCCGCAUUGCGUUAUAAAAAAAAUAUGCGAUAAUGUAUUAAUAAUAAUAUAACAACACCAACAAUCAUAUAUAUAAUGUAAUAACAACUUGACUUGACGAAAGAAAGUGGUCAAUUCGCCAUCCGCUUAUAUUAUGCAUCUAACUCGUCAUCGUCUCGAAAAAUUCAGCGCGCAAAAUAACGUCGCACAUAGACUACAGUGUAUAUACGCAUAGUUUAUACAAAAAGAAAGAAAUGUACAUAUCUCUAUACACGCACGCGUGCGCCGAAAGACUCGCGUAUGCGCGUGGCGCGAGAUGCCGUCGCGAGCUCGCGGUUUAUCACAAUCUGACGCGACGAUGCGCCUUACAAAAAAUACGGUACUCGCUCGCGGCGGCAUCGCUGCAUGUGUAUAUGUGUACGUCUACGUAAUUUCGCCUCCACGUGUAUGUGUGUGGAGAAGCCGAUGCGCUUACUACUGCUAUACACCCCCGCGCGGACCGAUCGAGCUUUGUUCGCGUUCCGCUACGCUAUUCUCUACUCUGCGCGUUUUCUUGUUUUUCUCUUUUUAUUACGCUUCGUUUCGCCUCUUCACCCACUUUUUUUGGAGUCUAACCGUUAUUAACCUAUAACACAUGAGCUAUAAAAAAUUCAAAUGGGUUUUCUAUAUCUCGCGCUCCUGCCGAAAUCAAUGUAGCUGAAAAGAAUAUCGACGCGAUUACUCUUUUUUAGGGCCUAUAUUUUUAUUAUGCUAAAGGGCCAACUGUUCGACGUCGUUGUUUGACUUGCAGUUCGUUCUCCGUUUUAUCUCAUAUAGGUACUCCACGCGUACAUAUUCGAUGACUCUUGUUUAAAAAAAGAAACUAUAAACUCUGCAAUUCUAAUUCAGCCGUUAUUGCUAUGAAUUCGUUUACACAAAAUAUCAUUUACAUAUGUAAACGUGCGUUCAAUAAUGUAAUGUCUCAUAUAAAAAUCGUUAUAGGAAACCCAUUUUUGCUUAACAAUAUAUAUAGCAAAUUAGUCGUUUUAUGUAUCGUACAAAAGAGAGAUAGAGAAAGAGAAAACAAGGUCGAGAGCGUGUCAACGGUAUUCUUACAACUUUUAUACGCAUGAAAAAAAGAAAGAAUUUUCUCUCCUUGGCAACAAAUAGCAUUUCGUUUUAUCCUUGCAUCGUUUCGUUGCUCGCAUUCGAUUAGAUUCACGCGCACGCGCUGACUCUUUUAUUUAUUACUUCGUUUUACAUCACGAGAAAAUCGGCGCAAAUUGACUGGCAAAUGCUUGAGGCGAAAAUUGACUGAAUUCAAUCGAUCUAUACGACGUUAUUCUUUCUUUUUGUUGUCUUUACUGUUGGCAGGAAACGGCUGAACUCGAAACUUUUCCAAGCUGUCACUGUGCUUGGAUCAGUCUCUUUUCGAAGCCGUUUUCCUCUCGUCGUUACACGUAUCGUUACUAAUAAAAAAUCGUUGGCACCGUUGAGCUACAUCCUUA